AGGAGGCAGGAAAUUAGGCGGGGAUCUGGGGGCCGCCCAGGCCCCCAGACGCUGAGCACAUUUUGUGCACACUGAACACGUUUCGUGCAAAAUCCUUGAUUCUAGGGCCUUCUAAGAUGUUACUUGACUAACUCAUUCUAAAAGAAAGAUUUGGAAUGCUUUUUAAGGGAGGUAUCAUGUUCUUAGUUAUUGGAAACAACAUAAAUUCUAAUGAAUUUUAAAUUUUAAAUUUUUUUUGGCUCAAAAGUUGGAGGAGGCAGCUGCCUCCUCCGCCUCCAUGUAAUUUACGGCCCUGGUGUGUGUUUUGGAACCUCCGUAUCCCCUAUAGAUCCGCUAAUGUAAUGUACAUACAUUGGUCGCACAUAUAAUUUCUGCAUAUCUAAGUGUGUUUUGAUGGUCCAAAAUAUUGAUUAAAAUCAAUAAUGAAGAAUUGAUGAUAUGGUAAAGAUAUCUUAAUCCUGAUAUUAAGUUGAGGCAAAAUAAAUGUAUAUCGAUUGAUCGGACAAACAAAUGUUUGUAUCGAUCGAUCGGACAAGCGUGAACUGUGUAUAGCCUGGUGUUGACUUUCGUAUUGCGAAUUAAGUCUUACAUAAGACAAGCUGUAUUAUUGAUCUAGCAAUAAAUAGUUACUUCAUAUACAUGUAAUCAACAAUUCUUUUCACUUAGCUUGUUCAUCUCCGUAUUUGAUCGAAAUUCCUCGAAAUUUUAAUGGGACAUGGACACGAGUUUAGGUGAAAAUUUUCAAAUUUUAUUUUUCCAUUUUUAAUGUUUAAAGACCCAACUUUAAGUUAACGCCCCCAAAUUUUACCUGUGUCGCGAUCAAUGAUAGAUAUGGCAAGGAAUAAGAACUCCAUUUUAAGGUGAUACUUUUGUACCCUAGGUUACAUGCUAUCCAUGGUCAAUGUUAUUUACCUGGAAUUUACCUGGCCAAGAGAUCAAUUGUUGUGUAUAUUUUUAUGAUAUACACAGGAAAUUUCUCAGGUUAUUACAAAUUAUGCUUAGUGUCUUGAUUUGUGCACACACAAAAAAAUUAAAAUUUCUACCUACAUGCAUACCGCAUUUCUAUUUCCCGUAAACCUUCAAACUUGGUCAUAUUUAUGUAUUGCAAAUGACAGGUUUAGCCCAUUUCUAAACCUUUGCUUUUUAAAACUUCUAAUUAAAUUGUUAUAUAUCGUAUAUAAAUAAUUUCUGAAAUAUAAUAUUACCCGGCGUUUCCGGGUACUUUCUGGUGUCCUGGGAGUUCAUGGUGUCGUGGGUGUAGUAGGUAAAAUAUCCAUGUUUCGAGAGAAUGAAUAAAUCUAAGUAGAUCUGUUUACAUGUACAACCAAAUGAAGAAUGGUCAAGAUACCCCUCAAUAUGGGCCGUCUGUAGGGUUUCUGUAGCUGUAGUGUUUGCGUAAUGGUGGUAUCCCAAACAGAAGCUGACACGAAGUCUCUUCCCCCCCCCCCUCUCUCUCUCUCUCUCUCUCUCUCUCUCUCUCUCUCUCUCUCUCUCAAUAUAAAGCCGUGAUAAAUUAUAAAUAGAAAUAUCUCAAUAACUUAUUUAUGCUUUUUUACUAUUGUUUGAUUUCUGAUUGUGUAAUUUAUAAUCCAUGUGGUAUCUCAAAUAGAAGCAUUUUUUUUAACUACUGUAACAGUUUUACGCAUGGGCAAUAUAACCAUUAUACAUGUUGAUGUGCUGCGCCAAUAAAGAAUUGUUCAAAUUUUAUAAAUAUAAAGCCACAAUAAAUCAUUAAUAGAAAAUAUUCUAAUAACUUAUGUUUGUUUGGUUUUUUUUAUUAUUGUUUGAUUUCUGAUUGUUUUAUCUAUAAUACAUGUAUAAAGAUGGAGAGAGAAAAUACGAUGAUAAAUUGCAUUGUAUAGGGGACGUUAGAAAUUAAAAUAUUCUAGGUGCGAGUCAAUGCUAUCAAAACUCAGGUAUACAGGGGCUUUCCUGGAGAUCUGAAGACUGCCGGUCAUCAUUAGCCAUGAUUGUUAUCAAAACAUCUUCCUCAAGUAGCUGUAGACCACGGUCUCUGCAAACGAAUCAACCUAAGCGCUAUUGUUAAAAGUUUGAUUGACCAGCGGCUUAUCAUUGAUCGUGACACAGGUAAAAUUUGGGGGCGUUAACUUAAAGUUGGGUCUUUAAGCAGAUUUUUCAAUUAACAAGUGAAUUCCUAACAUAAUGUGAUAGUUUCUAGUGUUUAACACUUCUCAUUUUGUUUUAAAUAUGCUAUUUUCUAUCAAGCAAUCUAUAUGUAAACAAAAACAAGGCACGAGCCUUGUUUACAUAACAAAGAAUUGUGAGUGCUGUAUCUCAAUUAUAAGUCAAAAACUGAUAUUCAAAUAUGUGUUGAUCAUUAGAAAUACGUUAGUGAAGCAUUGUAAACAAUAAAUAUGGAAGUACACUUCCCAAAAUCUUUUCGACCCAUAAAUUUGCUGCUUGCACCAAUGUUUCAUGUAAAACAAAGACAAUGACAAUUUGUGUUGACAUAGGUAAGUGACCUAGAAUGAAACGAAAGUAGGUUAUAAAGUGGGACUUUCCGCAACUGGAAAUACCCACAGUAAUACCUAGCAAUGGAUUCCCACAGUUUAACACCCCAAAUUGAAACGGGUAUACAACAUAUGUCAGAGUCUGUAUUUGUGGGACUGAGUCGUACAGUGGGGACCUCACAACAAGUGAUGAUGAGGAGAGAUGUGAUAGACAUUACAGAGAUGGUGAGGAAUAAAGCAAGAACAAGCCACCAGAUAAUGGUGAUGUUGAGUGGAAGUAGCAGAGAAGGGUUCAGAAUGAAGGGAUCUGAUAGGGAUUACAUGUAUUGGUUUAACAACCACCCAGUGAUCUGGGACUUACCUCAGACCCAGUUUUACAAUAUACACAGACAAGUCCUGAUUCUCUCUGUCUCUUCUGAAAGUCCACCCGGAUUUACUUUACUGCAAUUACUGACACCAAGAGCAGACAACAGAGUUAUCUCAGCAUUAGUCACAAUGAAUGGUGGACGUUACAUAUCUAGUUCUAAAUACAGAGAAAUCACAUGUUCUGAUGUAUUCCCUAACUCUACAGUACAUGGCCCAUGUGGCAGUGGAUAUAUAGGAGGAAUGGAAUAUGACUCUGCUUUCUGUUUUGCUUGUGACUUUUGGCCUCCGUCUGCCUCCUCAUGGAUAGACAGAUGUCACACAUGGCCCCAGCCACAGGUUGUUAGGGAUAUAGUCAGAAGUGGAUGUCACUUUGUAGCAAUAGGACACAAAUUAGGAAAUCAUGAAAGCAAUGAAUGGAGAAUUUCAUUUUCUCUGGCAGAACAAAAACUUGUGUACUCAAUGAAUCACUGUCAAUUCUUAACUUACGGUUUGCUGAAAUUAUUCUUAAAAGAAGUCAUUAACAAUGGAUUAGGUGAUGAUGAGAAAUUACUGUGUUCCUAUCACAUGAAGACAUCAGUUUUCUGGAUGAUUCAACAAAAUACAAUACCUAUCUGGUGUCCACAAAAUCUCCUGAAAUGUUUCUGGUACUGUUUUAAACUCAUUCUUAAAUGGGUGUAUGAGGGAGUCUGUCCUAACUUUUUCAUUCCAGAAAACAACAUGUUUCUCAGUAAAAUCCACGAUGAAGCACAAAACAGAUUAUUCGUUAGACUGUUUGAUUUUUAUGAAAAAGGUUUAGCAUCUCUGCUGCACAGUCCCUCCCUUGGGUCCUAUAUAGUAAAUUUCCUUUAUAACCCCAGACUCAGUAUUUGUACAGACGAACACACUCUGGUAUCUGAGGUUGAGUUUGAUGUAGAAAUGUUUAGAGAGAUAUGGGGAGAGAAUUCACUAUCCUCACCAGACUUCUACCGCAGUAUGAAGUACCUAAACACAGUAGAACAGUUGGUAGUCUCACCCCUGACACAGUAUCAAGUUCUCAUGUUACUGCUAUUUACAACCUCCCUCCUUCACAAAGCUGCUUUUACAUUACAAAACAUGUACAGCAACACCACUAAAAACAAGCUGAUGUAUAUUGCUGAUAGAAUGUCCUGUCACAUGUUGAAACUCACAGCCAAGUUUGGGUGUAUUUCUGACAGGUUGUACAUUGCAAUGUAUUAUUACAAGACACUCAGAUACACAGAAGCUUUGUCUGUGAUAGAGAUGACAAAGGUCAACUUAGCACAGCCAUAUGUGAUGUAUAACAUGACAAUAGACACAGAGAGGUAUACCGAGGCUGUAGGGGGACAGUCCUGGUCUACAAAGUUAAGACAUGCUGUAGCAUGGAAUAUCAUGUUAGAGAACAGAAUCAUUUAUAUCAAUGAAUUAAUGACAGAGCAGAUGGUUUCAUUACAGAACCAUUUCCCUGUACUGAAUAUCCCACCCCUAGUUGUGUUAUAUAUGCUAGAGUUCUUGUGUUACAGACAUAUUGACACAAUGAGAGCACAAACAGCUCUUAAUGAUCUACAGGUCCUAGUUCACUAUGAUCAGGGGCUGUAUGUAAAUGUGCACUUAAGAGACAUAUCAUGGCAGAUCCUGGGUAUCUGUCAACAGAUCUCGGGGAACCUCCACGCUGCUCUACACUCCUACCAACAAUCACUCAGGCAAAGUCCAUACCAUAAAAUACAAAGUGCUACACUGAUGAGAAUACAUGAACUUGGAUAAAUAUAGUAUUGUACAUUUAAAUAGUUCAUGUGGAUUUAAUCAAUGAAUUAUUGCCAAUGACACUUCAUCGGUCAAAUGUAAGGACUACAGAUAUUUGUGUUACAAUGUAUAAGCUGUUGAAUAUAGAAUAAAUAGGUUGUUGGUUUAUUUCAUCAGGACACACGAAAUUUCAUUUAUUGUUAUGUUAUAAGCUGCUUAAUAUGGAUCAGAUAUGUUGUUAGAUUAUUUCAUCUAUGCCUAACCAAUUCAUCAUUAUACAUAAAGCUUCAAAUGUCAAUUUGAAUUUUUACACCUAAAAUCCUAAAUUUGCAUAACAAUGUGUUAUACUUAGCCAUUUUGUGGUAAAUUAAACAUUAAUCAUGACAUAUUUUACAUCAGUCUACAUGAAACUUGAAUUUUUACAUCCAAAUUCCAAAAGUUACAAUAAAAUACUUUAUGCUAAAUUAUUUUGCUAACAAUUUUGCAAACGAAUAUGAAUUUUCAAAUCAUAUAUACAUGUACAUUAAUCAGCAAGAAACCUUUAAAAAAAAUCUAGUUAUUAUAGGAUUAAACAUUCUUUUUGAAGAAUUUAUCGAUGUGUAAACUCCGGACAUUUUACUCACAAACUGAAUAAAGGUGCGACACAUUUUUAUGUUAAGUUUGUGAGUAAAAUGUCCGGAAUUUACACAUCGAUAAAAUCUUCAAAAAGAAUGUUUGAUUCUUAUAAUUCCAAUGCAUUCACUUUAUUCACAAUUGCAAAAAUUUGAAUAGUUUCCCCGCACUAUGUUAUUUGUUUUCAGGCGUGUAUGAAUACAUCGCGUUUUCGGAUUUACAUGUAUUGAUGUAUAUACUCUUGUUCAGCUUUAUUUUUGUCCAAUCAAAACAAUUGUAAUAAAUAACAUUGGAAUUACCAUGAAAUACUUUAUGCGUUGAUCCCAUGGUUGCUUUACAUACAUGUACAUUUAUACAGCACACGUUUUGUAUACUGUGAAAGUUUUACGAUAUGUAUCUUGUAUUAAUUUCAAUGUUAUAUGUACAAGUCGAUUUUGGUUACAGGACAACUGAAUAAUGGAAAAUACAAUGUACAUUCUGGGACAAAAGAUAUUUCUGCUAUAUACCCCAACAUUGCAUGUAUAUUAUUUUAAUAAAUAAAAUUAAUGUGUUAUGUUAAAA